UUGUUUAAUCAAUUGUGGUGUGUGUGUUUCAGAGCGUCUAUAUAAAAUUCUAUGGAGUAGACCAUAGCAAGGGACAGUUUAACAAAAUGAAGGCACUCACUGCAGUGCUGCUUUUGAUGUCACUGCAGUGUUCAUGUGCUGUGAGUCCCACGGACUGCAAUGCCACUGAGCCAGAGGCUGGGAAAGCUCUAGACUUGAUCAAUAAAUGGCGGCGGGAUGGCUACCUUUUCCAGUUGCUGCGCGUUGAUGAUGCCCACUUGGACAGAGUGGGACCUGCAACUGUCUAUUAUCUAGUCUUGGAUGUGAAGGAAUCUGACUGCUCGGUCCUCUCCAGGAAGCACUGGAAAGACUGUGAGAUGGAUGUUUUUAAAUUUCCAUCUCAUAUAGUGAUCGGACAAUGCAAGGUAAUAGCUACAAGGUAUUCGAGUGAAUCCGAGGAUCUUAGGCUGGUUGACUUUAACUGCACCACAAGUUCUGUGUCUUCAGCAUUGACCAAUAAAAAAGACAGUCCUGUAAUCUCAGACUUCUUUGAGGACACUGAGCUCUACAGAAAUCAAGCCAACCAAGCCCUUGAGAAGUACAAAGAGGAGAAUGGUGACUUCGCCUCUUUCAGAGUGGACAAAGUAGAGAGAGUUGCAAGAGCGAGAGGAGGGAAAGGAACCAAGUACUUCGUGGAAUUCUCUAUAAGAAACUGCUCCAAGCCCCAUUUCCCCAGACACCAUAAGGUCUUUGCAUUCUGCAGAGCAGUUUCAUUCUAUGAUGUAGAAGACUCUGACUUGGAAACCCCAAAAGAACUUGAUGUGAACUGUGAAGUCUUCAACCCUGAGGAACACCUGGGCCACCACCCCCCCUUCGGUGGUCAUGGGCAUGGCAAGCCUCCAUUCAAGCCUGAUGGAGUCAGAGAUCAUCAUCACCCCCACAAGCCACAUGACUGGGGAUGCCCACCCCCUCCAGAAGGAAAAGAUCACGCAGGCAGACCUCCACUUGAUGCAGGUGCACCUCCUCCAGGGUCAAGAUGUCAUCGCCACCCUUUUGGCAUCAAUGAGACCCAAAGGCACCCCCAUGAUCAUAAUUCCAGUGAACACCAUGACCACGAGCACCACCCCCAUGGACACGGCCCCCAUGGACACGGCCCUCAUGGACACGGCCCUCAUGGACACGGCCCCCAUGGACACGGCCCUCAUGGACACGGCCCCCAUGGACACGGCCCCCAUGGACACGGCCCCCAUGGACAUGGCCCCCAUGGACACGGCCCCCAUGACCAUGAUUUCCAUCACUAUGGACCCUGUGACCCACCAGUCCAUAACGAAGGUCCCCAAGAUCACCAUCGCCGUGGCCAUGGCCCACCACAUAGGCACUCAAAAGAAAAAGGUCCAGGUAAAGGACACUUCCCCUUUCACCGGAGACCAAUUGGCUAUGUUUACCGGCUGCCUCCACUAAAUAGAGGUGAAAUUCUUCCUCUUCCUGAAGCUAAUUUUCCCAUCUUCUCAUUGCCAAACCACAGUGAUUCCCUAAAGCCCUUCCCUCAAUCAGCCUCUGAGUCGUGUCCAGGGACGUUCAACAAUGAGUUUCUACAAAUUUCCAAGUUUUUUGCAUAUACAGACCCCAAAUAAAAUGUGACUCCCUCGAUGGGGAAAAAUGAAUAAUAAUUUGAAUUAGAACCAUAAAUAAAAUGUGAUCAUAAAUAAAUAAAAUUA